CGUGCGCGCUGUGCAGAGUAGGGCGAGGGUCUGGCGGCGGGAGCGCGGAGCGGCCGUAAGAGCCCCGGCGGGGCCGCGCCUGAGUCCGGGACAGCGAGGAGAUCCCCCUCCGGGGCACGGGGACCGCCAGGAUGAGGCUGGUGAGGAAGGACCUGGAGAAGGACAACGCAGGGCAGGUGACGCUGAUCCCCGAGGAGCCCGAGGACAUGUGGCACACGUACAACCUGCUGCAGGUCGGGGACAGCCUGCGCGCCUCCACCAUCCGCAAGGUGCAGACUGAGUCGGCUACGGGCAGCGUGGGCAGCAACCGCGUCCGCACCACGCUCACCCUCUGCGUGGAGGCCAUUGAUUUCGACUCGCAGGCCUGCCAGCUGCGCGUCAAGGGCACCAACAUCCAGGAGAAUGAGUACGUCAAGAUGGGCGCCUACCACACCAUCGAACUGGAGCCCAACCGGCAGUUCACGCUGGCCAAGAAGCAGUGGGACAGCGUGGUGCUGGAGCGCAUCGAGCAGGCCUGCGACCCGGCCUGGAGCGCCGACGUGGCCGCCGUGGUCAUGCAGGAGGGGCUGGCCCACGUCUGCCUGGUCACCCCCAGCAUGACGCUUACCCGCGCCAAGGUGGAGGUGAACAUCCCCCGGAAGAGGAAAGGGAACUGCAGCCAGCACGACCGCGCUCUGGAGAGGUUCUACGAGCAGGUGGUGCAGGCCAUCCAGCGGCACAUCAACUUCGAGGUGGUGAAGUGCGUCCUGGUCGCAAGCCCGGGCUUCGUGCGGGAACAGUUCUGUGACUACAUGUUCCAGCAGGCAGUCAAGACUGACAAUAAACUUCUACUGGAGAACAGGUCCAAGUUCCUACAGGUCCACUCUUCCUCAGGACAUAAAUACGCUUUGAAGGAAGCACUCUGCGACCCAGCCGUAACCAGCCGCCUUUCUGACACUAAGGCAGCUGGUGAGGUCAAAGCCCUAGAUGACUUCUAUAAAAUGCUGCAGCAUGAGCCUGACCGAGCUUUUUAUGGCCUGAAACAUGUGGAAAAGGCCAAUGAAGCCAUGGCCAUUGAUACCCUGCUGAUCAGUGAUGAGCUUUUUCGGCACCAGGAUGUGGCUACCCGUGCCCGAUAUGUUAAGUUAGUAGACAGUGUGCGGGAGAACAUGGGCACAGUGCGCAUUUUCUCCAGCCUUCAUGUGUCUGGAGAGCAGCUUGGCCAGCUGACAGGGGUGGCAGCCAUCCUGCGCUUUCCUGUGGCUGAGCUCUCUGACCAGGAGGAUGAGUCUAGCUCUGAAGAGGAUUGAUGACAGUGACUUCAUUCCACGGUUUCUUUUCCAUGUCAUGCUGAAAUGACAUUGAAGGCGCUCCCUUCCUAAAUACUGUGUGCAGAUGUUCCAUGACAUGUAAUUAUAAGUUUUCAGUAGUAUACACAUAAAGUAUGUAGCUCUGCUGAGCACACUACUUGAUAUCUGUUCUAUAAUGCGUGUUGAAGCAGACUGGUUUUUGCAAGUUACAUCGCAAACCUCCAGCAGUGUAAGAAACCAAUCUGGCUCCCCAAAGCUGCUUAGUCUGUAUAUUAAGGCAGACUGGUAGCUUAGUGGAGUGUUUAUGAAAAAAUAAUAAACUAAGAGGGAGAAA